AUGCGUUCUCUCUCCCUUGCUCUCCUUGGUGGUGCUCUCUCUGCUAUUGCUUUGCCUGAUACCCCUGGCGAAUGCCAGCCCUCCUUGUCGUUAUCAUUUGCGUACCAGCCGACUGUCGUUGAAGGACUCUCUGCUCGUGUCAUUUAUAAGAACUUGACUACCCCUCGUGGUGUUCGCUUCGAUCAAGAUGUCAACUUGCUUGUGGUAGAACGCGGCAAGGGCAUCAUUGCAUUGACCGAGCGCGAUGAUGCCACCUGCGGCGGUUGGGAGAAGCGCACUGUCAUAACCCAAUCCGACUUGGAGCACGGCAUUGAAGUUGGGCCAAUUCCUGGAAACAAAGACAAGCAGUAUCUCUACGCGAGCUCCAAAGAGAAAGUUUACCGGUGGGAGUACAACCCAAAGAACGCUGCAAUCAUUGGAAAUCCUACCAUUAUCGCGUUUAACAUGUCGAAUUCUGAUCAUGUUACGCGUACCUUGCUCUUACAGCCUGGGGAAGAUGGUCAAUCCGAGUAUCUCAUUGUCAGCCGUGGCUCAGCUAGCAACUUUGACGAGUCGUCGGCCGACGUGAACGCUGGUCCCGCUCAAAUUCGCCGUUUCCCUCUUACAAAGUCUGACCGUCCUACAGAGGGUUAUAGCUGGAAUCAAGGAACGGUUCUGGCAUGGGGUGUUCGUAAUGGUGUUGGCAUUGCACUUUCCAAGGACGGAAAAGACCUCUGGGAGAUUGAGAAUAGCUCGGAUAAUCUUAGGUGGCGCGGCGUCAAUAUUCAUACUGAUAACCCUUCUGAGGAGCUUAACCGAAUUUCCCUUCGUGACCCCGAAAAUAUUCCCAUCGAAAGCAAGUUCUAUGGAUACCCAUCCUGCUAUACCGCAUGGAACUCAUCAUCAGUGCCUCGCAAUGAGUCCCAGCCUGUCUUUGAUCUUCCAACUGGUGCUCAGUUCUCCAGACGCCCAGUAGGAACUCAACCGGAUGACGCAUGGUGCCAGAACCCCAACAACAACAAGCCUCCUCGCCUCUCGUUCCAAGCCCAUUCGGCACCUCUCGACCUUGUUUUCUACGACAACUCGAAGUGUGUCCCCAGGGACAACAAUGUUGGCAUCUCUCGCAAAUGGGACGGUGAUGCAUUUACCAGCUUCCGCGGCUCCUGGAAUCGCCGACCACCAACCGGUUACAGCGUUGUCCGCAUCCCAUGGGAGGGUGAUGCUCCUCGCGCGCCCGCCAACUCGGUCAAUGGUUACGAGCACAUUGUAUAUGCGCCAGACCUGACCAAGUGCCCUUCGCAAUGCAUCCGCCCCGUUGGCUUGGCUUUCGGCGAGAAAGGGCAGUUGUAUGUGUCUUCGGACGAAACUGGAGAGAUUUUCGUGAUUGAAAACAAGGAAGCCCAAUUAACUGCGAAUUGA